AUGCUGCAAGGCAUGUUCGCCAGCCCCGUCGCGCUGAUCCCGCAGCGGCCGAGUCAGCCGUCGAUUGCGGGUGCGUUGGGGCCGGUGGCGGUUGACGCGGCGCAGGUUCAGGCACUGCAACAACAACAAGUGCAAAUACCACAACAAGUGCAGAUCCCGAUGGCACAACAACAGGUGCAAAUUCCGAUACAGCAGCAGGUAGAAAUACCACAUCAACAGCGGCCGGAGCCGGUCCGGAUCCCGGUGCGCCCGCCGUCUGCGCCCGGGCAGGUCCAGGUGCGAGUGCAAGUACAACCGCAACCGCAGCCGAUGCCGAUGCCGGUGCCACGAGUAUUACCUCGAACCCAACCGCCAGAAAUACCACCCCAACUCCAAUCUCCACACCAACCACCCCCGCUUGCGAUCGACGGGCUCCCGUCCCGGGCCGAGACGAUGGAGCGUAACGCGUCGUUGCCUGCAGUCAGUGGCGGGGAGGCGUUGCCGUUGCCAGUGGUGGAGACAGAGCGGGAAGGCGAGACGGCCGAUCUUGCUAUUCGGGGGCGCGGAGAUGAGGGAGAGGUGCAAUCGGUUGAAACAGCGCAGUUAGAGGGAGCACCGCAAACACUCGCGCAAAUUCCGCAGCAGCAAUUGCAGGACCAGGUACAGCAACAGCAGGAACAAGAAACGCCGAUGGGGCCGGGGCUGGGGCGACCCCCGUCUGUGUCCGCUCAGGCACAAGUGCAAAUACAGCCACAACCACAACUACAACCGCGACCUCAUCCGCAAGCGAUGCUACCAGUACAAGCCCAAGUUCACGUCCAAACGCCGACACAAUCGGCACCAGUCGACGUGCGACCGAGCAGGCUGGGAUCUAAUGGUACCACCACAGAUCCUCUCCAGCAACACAUCCCUUCGCCCCAGUCCGACGAUCUGCCGCAACCUGGACCACUUUCUGCGCCGGGAUCGGCCGGGCCGGGAACGCCGCCGCCGACAACGACUUCCCCGCCGCCAACGACGACGGGGUCGCUGAAAGCGCACGAGUGUGGAUCUGGAGCGGGAUAUUGA